AUGUCGGUAUGGGAAAGCGAUGACCUUGGUCUAGUGGCGUUGAGAACCACAUGGGCGCUGUUCGGGGUCACGGCAGUGGUGUUUGCGCUGCGGGUCUACUGUCGACUUCGAUACACACCACGACUCGGUGGAGGUCUCUAUGUCGAUGACUUCAUCACGGGCGGGUGCCUCUUGAUGCUCUUGAUUUUCUGCAUCCUGCUCUCUGUUGCAGUCCAGUAUGGCGUCGGGAAGCACUAUGUGACCUUAUCCGACCACACCAAAGUCCAGGCCGUCAUGUGGAAUGCCAUCCUCAGCGGCUUGACACCGUGGAUGUGCACCCUGCCCAAGUUCGCCAUCGUCACGACGCUCAAACGGAUCCUGAACUACGGAACGAAAACGACAGUCCUGCUCUGGGGCCUUGCCUUGACAUCACAAGCGACCGUCGUCGCGCUGACGGCCUGGGGCUUUGCCCAGUGCAGGCCGACGGCCUUUCAGUGGGAUAGGAGUAUUGAGAGAGGAACGUGUUCGAAUCCGCAAAUCUACGUCAACCUGUCAUUCUUCGUGUACUCGUACUCAACAGCACUCGAUGUGUUCUUCGCACUGUACCCGGUCCCCUUUGUGAUGCGACUCAGCAUGCCGCUCAAAACUCGCAUCGGCGUUGCGGCGUCGCUUAGUCUGAGCUGGUCCCUCUGGUCUAUCUUUGCAUGA